GCCCCAACCGCCCUAACGGCGCAAACGGCCGCGGCGGGCCCAGGGGGGAGCUGCGUCACUUCCGGCCCCUCCGAAGCCUGCGGUCCGGGCGGGGGGGGGGAGAGCGAGCCCGUCAUUAACCCCUCCGUGCCCGGCCGCGGUGGGGGGGGGGCGUUUUCUCCAGCCGGGACCAGCCCUGGGGCCGGAGCCCCCUCCCCCCCCGGCUGCAGAACAAUGUCCGUGUCUCGCUCCAGCUCAUCCUGUCCUCCCAUAAGACAGGGGAGAGAAAUGGCUGCAGAGGAGCCAGUUCAGGGGCCGGUGACCUUCGAGGAGGUGGCUGUGUAUUUCACCAGGGAAGAGGGGGCUCUGCUGGACCCCGCUCAGAGAGCCCUCUACAGAGACGUCAUGCAGGAGAACUACGAGACUGUGACCUCGCUGGGCGUGGAGGCGGUGGAAAGAGGAUCUAACCCAGAGGAUGAAGUAAUCGAUGAGGAGGUGGAGUCAGAUGAUGAUGUGCAGCUCCCAGUAGGCUCGUCUGGUGGGGCAAGCAGCCAGGAACUGUUCUCCACUCCAGAGGUGUCUAGGCAGUCUCAGCAGUUGCUCUCUGGGGAGCAAGAAGCAGGAGAUAAGAUGCCUGGGUUUCCAGUUUCCAAACCUGAUGUGAUCUCCCAGCUGGAACAAGGGGCAGAGCCAUGGGUCCCAGACCUCCAGUGUUUAGAGGAAAGAGAGAUCCUAAAAGGUCCCUGCACAGCAGGUGAUGCGAUGGUGAGUGAGAAUGAGGAGCAGAAUUCUCAUCAGAAAGAUGAGCCACACAGAGCCUUAACGCAAACAUCCAAAGGGAAUGUGUCCAGGAGUCAUGAGCAGGCAAAAGUCUGUGAGAUUCAGCAGACACCAGAGAGAGAGCAGGGAAACCAGCCAGGAGAGAAAUUGGAUAAAUUCAUUUGCUCUUGGGGAACUCACAAGGACCUCAAGGAAACCACAGCCCAGCAGAAAAUCCUCGGGGGACAGAGAAAAAAUACAUCCACUGAGUGUGGGAAAAGCUUUAGGGACCACUCAGUCUUUCUUGUGCAUCAGAGAAUACACAGAGGAGACAGACCCUAUGAAUGCUGUGAGUGUGGGAAAACCUUCAUUCGGCGCUCACACCUUAUUACGCAUCAGAGAAUCCACACAGGUGAAAAACGCUAUCCAUGCUGUGAGUGCGGGAAAAGUUUCACUGAUCUCUCAUCCCUUAUCUCUCAUCAGAGAGUCCACACGGGAGAGAAACCCUAUGAAUGCUGGGAGUGCGGGAAAAGCUUCUCUCAGAGCUCAACCCUUCUUACACAUCACAGAAUUCACACGGGACAGAGACCCUACGAAUGCGGUGAAUGUGGGAAAAGCUUCACUCAGAGCUCACACCUGACUAUACAUCAGAAAAUCCACACGGGAGAGAGACCCUAUGGAUGCUGUGAGUGUGGGAAAAGCUUCACUCUGAGAUCGCACCUCAUUAGGCAUCAGAGAAUCCACACGGGAGAGAAACCCUUUGAAUGCUGUGAGUGUGGGAAAAACUUCACUCUGAGCUCAGACCUUACUACGCAUCAGAGAAUCCACACGGGAGAGAGACCCUACGAAUGCUGUGAGUGCGGGAAAACCUUCACUCGGAGCUCAGCCCUGACUAGACAUCAUAGAAUCCACACGGGAGAGAGACCCUAUGAAUGCCGUGAGUGCGGGAAAAGCUUCACUCGGAGCUCAGCCCUGACUAGACAUCAUAGAAUCCACACAGGAGACAGACCCUAUGAAUGCCGUGAAUGUGGGAAAAGCUUCACUCAGAGCUCAGCCCUUAUCUAUCAUCAGAGAAUCCACACAGGGGAAAGACCCUACGAAUGCUGUGAGUGCGGGAAAACCUUCACUAACAACUCAAGCCUUAUUACACACCAGAGAAUCCAUUCUGGGGAGAGGCCCUAUGAAUGCAGCGCGUGCGGGAAAAGCUUCACUGACAGCUCACACCUUACUAAGCAUCACAAAGUCCACACGGGGCAGGGGCUCUAUGAAUGCGGAGAAUGUGGAAAAAGCUUCACGGACAGCUCAGCCCUUCUUAAACAUCACAGAAUCCACACGGGAGAGAGACCCUACGUAUGCUGCGAGUGCGGGAAAACCUUCAGUCAGAGCUUUGAGCUUACUAGACAUCAGAGAAUCCACACGGGGGAGAGACCUUACGAAUGCUUUGAGUGCAGGAAAAGCUUCAUUCAGCACUCACACCUCAUUAGGCAUCAGAGAAACCACACAGGUGAGAAACCCUAUAAAUGCUGCGAGUGUGGGAAAAGCUUCACGCAGAGCUCAGACCUCAUUAUACAUCAAAGAAUGCACACGGGGGAGAGGCCUUAUGUAUGCUCUGAGUGCGGGAAAACCUUCAUUCAGCACUCACACCUCAUUAGGCAUCAGAGAAACCACACAGGUGAGAAACCCUAUGAGUGCUGUGAGUGUGAGAAGACCUUCAUUCAGUUGUCAGAACUUACUAGACAUGAAAGAAUCCACACAGGAGAGAAACCCUAUGAAUGCCGUGAGUGUGGGACAAGGUUCACUCAGAGCUCAUCCCUUAAAUAUCAUCAGAGAAUCUGCAAGGGAGAGAAACACCAUAAAGACCUCGGGAGAGAAAUGGCUGCAGAGGAGCCAGCUCAGGGGCCGGUGACCUUCGAGGAGGUGGCUGUGUAUUUCACCAGGGAAGAGGGGGCUCUGCUGGACCCCGCUCAGAGAGCCCUCUACAGAGACGUCAUGCAGGAGAACUACGAGAAUGUGACCUCGCUGGGGUUUCCAGUUUCCAAACCUGAUGUGAUCUCCCAGCUGGAACAAGGGGAAAAGCCAUGCGUCCCAGACCUCCAGGAAUCAGAGGAAAAAGAGAUCCUGAGAGAUCCCUGCACAGCAGGUGCUGGGAGGGUGAGUGAGAACGAGGAGCAGAAUCCUCAGCAGGAAGAUCCUGACCAAGUGGAACCGCACGGAGCAUUAUCCAAAAUAUCCAAAAGGAACAUGUGCAGAAGUCACGAGCAGGGAACAGCCUGUGAGAUUCAGCACAGAGCAGAGAGAAAGCAGGGAAAACAGCCAGGGGAGAAAUUGAGUACAUUUAUUUACUGUUGGGGAACUCACAAGGACCACAAAGAAACCACAGCCCAGCAGAAAACGCUCAGGGGGAAGAAAAAAUACACAUGCACUGAAUGUGGGGAAAACUUCAGUGACUGCUCAGCCCUCAUUGCACAUCACAGAAUCCACACAGGAGAGAAACUCUAUGAAUGCCGUGAGUGCGGGAAAACCUUCAAUCGCAGCUCACACCUCACUCGACAUCGCAGAAUCCACAUGGGGGAGAGACCCUAUGAAUGCUGUGAGUGCGGGAAAGCCUUCAAUUGCAGUUCACAGCUCAGUAGACAUGAGAUAAUCCACACUGGAGACAGACCCUAUGAAUGCCGGGAGUGUGGGAAAACCUUCACUCUCAGCUCAUAUCUUACUACACAUGAGCGAAUGCACAGGGGGGAGAGGCCCUUUCAGUGCUCUCAGUGUGGGAAAACCUUCACUAGGAGCUCAUCCCUUAUUAGACAUGAGAGAAUGCACACGGGAGAGAGACCCUAUAAAUGCUGUGAGUGUGGGAAAACCUUCACUUCCAGCUCAAACCUUAUUCAGCAUCAGAGAAUCCACACAGGGGAGAGGCCUUAUGAAUGUGGUCAGUGCGGGAAAGCCUUCAAUUGCAGCUCAGAGCUCACUAGACAUGAGAGAAUCCACACAGGAGAGAGACCCCAUGAAUGCAGUGAGUGUGGGAAAACCUUCGCUCUCAGGUCAGAUCUUACUACCCAUGAGAGAAUCCACACAGGAGAGAGGCCCUUUCAGUGCUCUCAGUGUGGGAAAACCUUCACUAGGAGCUCAGACCUUACUAGACAUGAGAGAAUCCAUACGGGAGAGAGACCCUAUGAAUGCUGUGAGUGUGGGAAAAGCUUUCUUUCCAGCUCAAAACUUAUUCAACAUCAGAGAAUCCACACAGGGGAAAGGCCCUAUAAAUGCGGUGAGUGUGGGAAAGCCUUCAGUUGCAGUUCAAAGCUCACUAGACAUGAGAGAAUGCACAGGGGGGAGAGACCUUAUGAAUGCUGUGAGUGCAGGAAAACCUUCACUUACAGCUCAGAUCUUACUACACAUGAGAGAAUCCACACAGGGGAGAGGCCCUUUCAGUGCUCUCAGUGUGGGAAAACCUUCACUAGGAGCUCAGACGUUAUUAGACAUGAGAGAAUCCAUACAGGAGAGAGACCCUACGAAUGCUGUGAGUGUGGGAAAAGCUUCAUUUCCACCUCAAACCUUAUUAAACAUCAGAGAAUCCACACCGGGGAGCGGCCCUAUAAAUGCGGUGAGUGCGGGAAAGCCUUCAAUUGCGGUUCACAGCUCACUAGACAUGAGAGAAUCCACACAGGGGAGAGACCCUAUGUUUAAGGCAGGGGAGUGACAUCAUCAGGGUUCUUCAUUGACUCCCCACCCAAAGAGACUCUUGGAGACACCUAAGGAACAAAGAGUGAACUCGGGGGAGAAGGGCUGGACCCAGGCUAAAGGGGUUUCUAGCCUGUGAAAGGAAUACAUGGGGGUUUUAAGCUGCAAGGAAGGGCAGCUGGCCCCUUAAGAAUCUCUGCAACCAUCUUAAAUCAUCAUCUAGGGUGAGAAUUUGCUACUCAUAGCCAAUCUCUUUAGUAUAUUAAGUUUAGAUUGUGUUUCGUGUAUUUGCUAGGUAAUCUCCUUUGAUCUGUUUGCUAUCCCUUAUAACCACUUUAAAUCUAUCUUCUGUAGUUAAUAAACUUGUUUUUGUUUUGUCUAAAA